GCCACGAGUCCACGAACGCCUAAAGAUGUGCGAUAACAGAUGCCGGCUUGCCCUCAUCAAAUUUGGGCCUCUCCGCACGGGACGUUGAGCGACCUUGGGCGUCGAGAUGCUUCACAAGAGGAAAGCCGUUUGAUGACCCACACCAAUGGGGCCUUCCAUCACUCCUUGGGACGAUCUCUGCCAGACCAAUCAGCCUCUAGUAGGCCAACAAACACAGAUGUCUCCGUUGAACAGGGCACCGACGAGAAAGACAUAAAUGGCCUUCCAUUUCUUCACGAUGAUACCCAAGUGACGACUGCUCUACCACCCCUCAACUGACAUAUCGACUUGUCAUCUCCACACGCUUCUGACUGCCUUAUUCUUGGAUUCCUGUGCCUGACGUGGAGAAGUUCGGAACUAUCAUGGCUCGGGAGGAACCACUGCAGCGAGAGUCUGGUGCUCCCACUCCCAAUAGUCUCGACCUCGGCCUUGUCGGUUCGAUGGCUGGGAAUGUCAUCCUCCCUUCCAAGUCGCCCGUCAUCCACGUCGACGAAAAAGGGCUCGAAGAGGUUCGGCAGGCGUUGCAAGCCUGCACCGACCUUGGACUCGCUGGGGAUGCAAUCAACAAGGCCAGCUUUCCCCUCCCCACUCUCCAUGUCGUGCUGGACGAGGCCAGGCGUCAAGUCCAUGAAGGUCAGGGGUUUGCCAUUAUCAGGGGCAUCGGCCUUUCUAAUUCGGCCCAGGAUAACACCAACAUGUUCCUGGGCUUGGCGAGCUACAUUGGAGAUGUAAGAGGUGCUCAGGACAAGCAAGGGUCUAUGCUCACUCAUGUGACGGCUUCCAAAACUUGGACAGUUCCUCCUGAACUCCGGCACGGUAUCCACACCAACACCGGCUUGGCCUGGCACAACGAUAUGGGCACCGACAUGAUUGCGCUUCACAUUCGAUCUUUGGCUGAGGAGGGUGGUAACACCUUCGUGGCUGCUUCAUGGACCAUAUACAGGGAACUGAUGACGUCAUACCCUCAAGUCCUUGAACUUCUGUGUGAGCCAUGCUGGCCGAUCCAAGUUUCUGGAAAUCCUCCAAGACACAUUGUCGCACCUUUGGUGCAAGUUCACAACAAUAGGGUCUAUCUCAGCGUCGAUCCGGGCCGUCUAGGUCUCCAUCCCGUCACCGCUAAAGCCGGCCUGGGCUCUUCCAUCCCGAGCCUCACCACUUCGCACCUCCAAGCCCUUGAGACUCUAUCUGAGCUCGCGACCAGACACCGGUUGAUGCUCGAUACUAAGCCCGGGGACAUGCUUUUCAUCAACAACUGGGCCCUCAUUCACGCUAGGGAUUCGUACAAGGAUCCGAAAGACGGCCCCGGUCGUCACCUUGUUAGACUGUGGCUUAGGGACUCCGAGUUCGGUUGGGAUGUUCCCGAGUCCAUGCGAGUACCCUGGGAGGCUGCCUUUGGCUCCAAUGGAGACGGAUAUCCGACUGGGAUUACUCACAGAAAAUAUCCGCUUGUCCCAUCCCACGACUACAAGCCACCGAAGUACACAGCUGGCUCGGCAGCAUUCGUCCUGGACGAUUCCGAUGAUGUGAAUGGCGAGGGAACCGAGCCAUCAAAAUCAACCUGAUUCUAGGGCCAACAUCUCCUUUUUAUUUCGAAAUUGUUCAGUAUGGGCCGCUUCAAGUUGCUGUUCUCCCGAGUUUUCCCAGCA